AACACAAACACAAUACAUUUCUCACUGUGAUAAACUUGUUUUAUUUUUUUCUUGUAUGUUCUUUUCACACACGGCCGCCGCUCUCGUCCUGCCGCGGCGGCUCACCCUCAUCCUCAGCCGCCGAGGGGUGGCGUUUCGCCGCGGCGGAGGUGGGGCCUUCUUACUUCCUCGCUCAAACACAGCCUGUCCGCCCAGCACCCAGCUCCGCUCAUCCGCGCUUGCUGCUACGCAAGGGGCGGUGAUCUGUCUUCCUUCCUGGUGGAUUUCCCGUUUAACUCCGGCACCAACAUGGCUGCCCUUACAGCCUGGUUCUGGAACGAGCGGUUCUGGCUCCCAAACAACGUGACCUGGGCCGACCUGGAGGACCCCGAACCCGGGGUCGAGUAUCCUAAAGCUGGACAUGUCCUGUCUGCCUUACCGCUGGCCCUGGGGAUCUUUGCCGUCAGAAUACUCUUUGAAAGGUUCAUUGCCAGGCCGUGCGCGUUUCUAUUGCGGAUACAGGCCAGUGGUCACAGAAUAGCACAGCCCAGCACCAUUCUAGAGAAAGUGUUUACAUCCAUAACAAAGUACCCUGAUAGCCGGCGGCUCGAGGGCCUGGCCAAGCAGCUGGACUGGGACAUCAUAAAGAUCCAGCGCUGGUUCCGGCACCGGCGCAACCAAGACAAGCCGAGCCUGCUAACCAAGUUCUGCGAGAGCAUGUGGAGGUUUACGUUCUAUUUGUACAUAUUUAUCUACGGGGUCCGAUUCCUCUUGCAGACGCCCUGGCUGUGGGACACACGGCAAUGCUGGUAUAACUACCCCUAUCAGACGCUGACCCCGGGGCUGUACUAUUACUACAUCACAGAGCUGGCCUUCUAUUGGUCCCUCAUGUUCUCACAGUUUACAGACAUUAAAAGAAAGGACUUCCUCAUCAUGUUUGUACACCACAUGGCCACCAUCGGGCUGAUCAGCUUCUCCUACGUGAACAACAUGCUGCGCGUGGGAACCCUGGUCAUGUGCGUGCAUGACGCCUCGGACUUCCUACUGGAGGCUGCCAAAAUGGCAAACUAUGCGAAGUCCCAGCAUCUGUGUGAUGUGUUGUUUGUCGGAUUCGCCAUGGUCUUCGUGGGAACACGGCUCGGAAUAUACCCACUGUGGGUGCUGAACACCACUCUGUUUGAAAGCUGGGAGAUUAUUGGCCCUUACCCCUCCUGGUGGCUCUUCAACGCCCUCUUGCUGGUGCUGCAGGUACUACACGUCAUCUGGUCCUACCUCAUCCUGCGUAUCGCAUUCAAGGCUUUAAUUCGGGGGAAGGUCUCCAAGGAUGACCGCAGUGACAUAGAGAGCAGCUCGGACGAGGACGAGCAGGUGGUCAAGGACCCCAGGAAGUCAGCGGUCAUCCACAGACACCCGACCACUAAAGGGGAGAACGGAACCAACGGCCACCUGACCAUGGGGACAUGGGCACAGGAACACUAGAGGGGGGGGUCCCUAAUCACCCCCCAACCAAUAAACAUUUAUCCCCAAAGGACUGAGAAAGCAUGAGAACAUCUCAGACAGGACCAGAGAGGGGAGGGCAAAACAGUGACAAUUUUAAAGACAGGUGAGGAUACUGAUGAAGAAGCAGCACUCCUCUGCAGAGAGGUGAGGGCAAAACAGUGACAAUUUUAAAGACAGGUGAGGAUACUGAUGAAGAAGCAGCACUCCUCUGCAGAGAGGUGAGGGCAAAAUGGUGACAAUUUUAAAGACAGGUGAGGAUACUGAUGAAGAAGCAGCACUUCUCUGCAGAGAGGUGAGGGCAAAACGGUGACAAUUUUAAAGACAGGUGAGGAUGCUGAUGAAGAAGCUCAGUAGUUCAGAGUCGUGUUUAUUUGUGUGUACUUGCCGUUCCAGUUGCUAAUUUUGUUUGUUUUGUUUGUUUUUUGUUUGGAGACAGAUUUUAAAAAAUAUAUUAUUAUUAAACCAAUCUGCCUGUUUUGAGCCUGUGAACCUCUGGGGUGAGUUUGUGAGUACGUCAAUACCCCAGCUGACCCGCACCUUUAGUGAGAGAGAGAGUUCUACUGUACAGAGCAGGGGGUCCAAUCAUGGUCCUGGAGGGCCAUUAUUCCACUCCAGGUUUAACAGCCAGUAAAAUGAGAGAAUAAACAACUUCUGGAUCUGGAUGGAGGUUUAUUUGGUUCAAUUAAACAAUUUAGAACAGGGUUGGAACAAAGACCAGAAAUGGAAGAGACAGUUUUGGCCACCCCUGUUAAACACGAUACAAUCGGCCUCCCAGGGCAAGCCUGUUUUCAUUUAUGUAUUUUUAUACAGUGUAGAGCAGAUCUCUC